UGUUGCAGGCGCUCAGGCGAUUCUCAAACCAGUAGCUGUCAGUGUUACAAUAAAAAUGGUACGGGAGGAGCAAAAUUGGAAGGUUUGUGUUCGUAGCUUGGCAGUAAGGCUAUGUUUGUCGGUAAUUCCUGCAGAAGAAGAGGGUAAAAUAAUAAUAAUCUCCUGUAAAAAUGGCGACUCGCAGCAGGCCGAGCAGUAAGAAAUGUACAGUGAUUGGUGGAUCAGGGUUCCUUGGACAACACAUGGUCGAGAGGCUACUAGAGAGAGGAUACAUAGUCAAUGUGUUUGAUAUCCGCAAAGGUUUUGAGAGUGAGAAAGUGCAGUUCUUUCUUGGGGACUUGUGCAAGAAGCAGGAUCUUCUACCAGCCCUCGAGGGUGUGACUGUUGUAUUUCACUGUGCCUCUCCACCUCCUUCUAGUGACAACAAGCAGUUGUUUUACAAUGUUAAUUACACAGGAACCCAAACUGUCAUCCAAGCAUGCAAAGAAGCAGGUGUCCAGAAAUUGGUGCUGACCAGCAGUGCCAGUGUUGUUUUUGAAGGCACAGACAUUAAAAAUGGACAAGAAGAUCUCCCAUAUGCUAAGAAACCCAUCGACUAUUACACUGAAACAAAAAUCCUCCAAGAAAAGGACGUCCUGAAAGCUAAUAGCCCUGAUGAUAACUUUUUGACAGUUGCAAUCAGACCCCAUGGCAUUUUUGGACCAAGAGACCCUCAGCUUGUUCCGAUUCUUGUGGAGGCCGCAAAGAGCGGAAAGAUGAAGUUCAUGAUUGGAAAUGGGAAGAAUCUGGUUGAUUUUACCUAUGUAGAUAAUGUAGUACAUGGACACAUACUUGCAGCAGAACACCUACAGAAGGAUUCGCCUUUAUGUGGAAAGGCCUAUCACAUCACCAAUGAUGAACCAGUUCCAUUCUGGACAUUCAUGACUGAAAUGCUGGAGGGCCUAAACUAUGAUGCUCCGAAAUACUCGAUCCCAUACUGGCUGGCUUAUUACCUUGCCUGCCUUGUCUCUCUACUUGUGCUUCUUCUAAAACCACUUAUCACUUUAAAACCCACCUUCACACCAAUGCGGGUGGCUCUGGCUGGGACCUUCCACUAUUACAGCUGUGAACAGGCAAAGAGGGACAUGGGUUACAAGCCUGUAUGCAGUCUGGAAGAGGGCAUAAGAAGAACUGUACAAAGUUACCCCCACCUUCGCAGAGAUGGUUAACAAAUAAAGAUGUCUGCUGAGAUUGCUCGCGUUUUCUAGACUGCAUCAAGGGUGACAAGCAGUGCUUCCAGAGUUGCAUUUACUUUGUAAUGCCUUUGACUGCUGCUCAAAUAAACUGACAGAACUGUUUUAUUACUUAAUACUGUUAAUUUAUAGAUCUGUGACAUUCCUUCAUGAAGCUUUAAAAUUGUGUUUUUCUAAUGAUGUGCUAAUUGGCAUCUGUAUUUAGUAAAAGGAUGAAGAUUUAAACCAGAAAAAAAUCUCUUGAAGUCAGCAAUGGACUGUGUCAUAUUUCUUACAGCUGUGACCUGUUUCUGUACAAGUGGUUAUUUUCAUGUAAGACCUCCGUAAACAAUUAAUGCCAUCAAAGGCAAUUAAAGUGAAUAAAGACUA